AUGAAGUUCACUGGAAUCGUUGCCUCUAUGGCCGCUGCUGGCGUCGCUUCCUCGGCCGCCCUCCCCGUUGCGACCGUCGACGCGACCCUCAACCACGUCAACACCGUCCUCGCCAACGUUCAGGGUCUUGUCGGCCAGACUCUGUCCUGUGCCACCGGCCAGGUUGACCUCAGCACCGUCCACUCCGACCUUGUUGCCGUCAAGUCUGAGCUCGUCAAGCUCGCCCCCGUUCAGAAGCGUGAUGGCCUGACCACCCUUCCCGCCGAUGUUCUUGGCAACGUUGCCGGCACUGUCCAGGGUGUUGCCCAGCCUAUUGCCGGCCCUAUCGUCAACAACGUUGGAGGCGCUCUCCCCGUCAAGCGUCAGCUCGGUCCUCUUGGCACCGUCGGCAGCGCCGUCAGCGACGUCGAGAACACCGUCGGUGGCCUCACCAGCCCCGUCGCUGGCCCUGUCCUUGACACCGUUGGCAACAUUGCCCCUUCCCCCGCCAAGCGUGACGUUGUUGGCAGCACUGUCGGUGAUGUUGCCGGCACUGUUGGCUCUGUCGCCAACCCUGUCCUCAGCCCUGUCCUCGACACUGUUGGCUCCGUUGCCCCCGUCAAGCGUGAUGUCGUUGGCAGCACCGUCGGUGACGUUGCCGGCACUGUUGGCUCCGUUGCCAACCCUGUCCUCAGCCCUGUCCUUGACACCGUUGGCUCCGUUGCCCCUGUCAAGCGUGACCUCCAGAUCCUCAACUCUGCUGGUUCCGUUGUCAACACUGCUGAGAUGACUGCUACCCAGCUCCUCCAGGGUCUCCAGUCCGGUGCUCUCCAGCUCCCCACUGAGGGCCUUCCCCUCGUCGGCAAGCUCCCCGUUGUUGGCGGCAGCAACUAA